ACGCUACCAUCACCAACCCCUCCGAACUCGAAUAUCCAUACAAGCGAUAACCCCAGCCCCAUGAUGUCGGACAAAGGCGUUGCACCGGGAGAACUGACUCCACAGAUGGAGCAGAAGCAGGUUGAGGUUGAGGGGCGCGAUGCCUUCGCUCAUGAAGGCUUGGAAAGUGGAGAACUCCAAGACAAAGCCACGAGUGACGAGAGCCAAGAUGAAGAGCCUCUUAGCGACGAAGAGCCGGUUUUUCCUGAACAACCAGACCCUGAGGACGGCCGUGGUCGUAGCACCCCAGUGACAGUGUCUGUGCGGGGAGACCCCAAAAUCAAGGGCGGAGGAGUCAGGAAGUGAUUGCGCGACCACGAGCACGAUACCUCGGACUGUGUUCCCAUUUUAUCGUAUUCUGGGUUGCCACCGUCAAGAUGGACGGUCAUGGAUUUGGGACUGUGAACAUAUCGAUGUACACUAGCAUGAUGGAUUAUAAUGGACAUAUAUGUAUCGGCUAUGGCUCUAA